AUGCAAUUUGGUCCUUUGCUUGCUCGCUUCUUUGGAUCAUCUAAGGGAAGUCGGACCAACCAGGUCAGUCGGGCUAUAGAGUCUACAAAACGACGGCAAACUCCAGUGGUACAACAGAUACGGUCGACACAGCAACAGAGACUAGGUCGAAGUGAAUACCUCGAUGUCGACAAACUAAAUAAACUGAUUCGAACAAUUGAUAAAACCUGGAUAUUGCCCCGUCCUGGAUCUAAAGAACCUGUUGGUUCGAACUUCCAAUACAAAAAGACAUGCGCAAGUAUUUACAAGGUACGGCACGGGGCUUGUCAACAGAUUGGAUUUGGUGUCAUGUGUUUCAAUUACUGUCAUGAGCAGGGUCAAAAGCUUGCAUUUCGUUGUCAAGACACUUCUGACGCGUCUUACUGCAGAAACGGAGGAACGUUUGACACUUCUCUGGCCAAAUACAGAAAGGAUUCAUAUAAGGCGAAAGCCUUUAUUCAUCAGAUGAUAUCUCGGUGUUACGCAACUGCAAUCUGUAAUCUACAAACUGGACUGUUGAAUUCGACGCUUGUCGAGGAAGGACACGAGCCCGCUCCAAUUGGUCCUAGCGUCUCGAAUAAGGCAACCAAUUUAAAGUCAAGUACAUCAGCCCUAAAGCACAGUACCCCACUGAAGUCGAAACCACGAGUCUUGCCUCAAACGAAAGUUUCUACAGAGGCGGGAAGAGCUACAACGAAGCCAUCAAAAACAAAUAUCUGGGAUCGAUUUACAGUGAAUCAAAAAGCGAAGCCAACAGCAAAGUAUAUACCGUUUUGGCAAAAACUGCUAGUGACUUCAACUACUACACCUACAACAACUACCACUCACGAAGUAGUGACUGAUGUACCAGAAGAAAAAGUGGAAGAUAUAGAAGAGGAAGAAGAGGUGGAAGAAGGUGAAGAAGAGACGGAAACGACUACGGAAUCAUUCACAGACGAUUUGGAUGAAAAAAGCAAAACUGAAGCAGCCAAUGAAACUGGGUUCCCAUCAGCACUGGCAAAGAAAUCUAACGUUGGUAGGCCAAGAUUGACAAAACCUACUUGGAAACCACUUGAAACAACAGAAUCACCAGCGUCAUUAAUAGUUUUAGACAAAAAAAACAUGCAAAAACCGAAAAACGAAAAAGGGCCCGGAUUUUGGAACAGAUUUCAACCCGGAAAAUGGUUCCAAAGCAUCCACUACGUCACUAAUACGGGUCGUUAA